GAUUAACUGGCUGUGAUGAUGAUGAACCUGCACACUGGAGGAGCAGCUACUACAGUGGUGAUGAAGGGAUGUAAUAAUGGUCGCUAUCCUCGGAAUUCUCUCUACAGUGACUGCAUUAUAGAAGAAAAGGCAGUGGUCCUGCAGAAAAAAGACAAUGAAGGAUUUGGGUUUGUGCUCAGAGGGGCCAAAGCUGAUACACCAAUUGAAGAAUUCACUCCAACGCCAGCCUUUCCUGCUUUGCAGUACCUGGAAUCAGUUGAUGAAGGAGGGGUAGCAUGGCAAGCUGGCUUGAGAACAGGAGACUUUUUGAUAGAGGUUAAUAAUGAGAAUGUAGUCAAGGUUGGCCAUAGGCAGGUGGUGAACAUGAUCCGACAAGGAGGCAAUCACUUAGUUCUUAAAGUUGUCACAGUAACCAGAAAUCUAGAUCCGGAUGACACAGCCAGAAAGAAAGCCCCACCACCUCCAAAACGGGCUCCAACCACUGCACUGACCUUGCGGUCUAAGUCAAUGACCUCAGAGCUUGAAGAGCUUGAUAAAGCUGAUGAAAUAGUGCCAGUUUCCAAGCCAUCAAGAAUUCCAGAAAAUGCAGUUGUGGACUCCAGAGUGGCAACAAUUAAACAACGACCUUCUAGUAGAUGUUUUCCCUCAGCUACAGAUAUGAAUUCCAUGUAUGAAAGACAAGGGAUUGCUGUAAUGCCACCUACAGUACCUGGAAGUCCUCAAGGCCCAUUUCUGGGUGUUCCACGAGGUACAGUAAGAAGACAAAAAUCAAUAGGGAUAACAGAAGAAGAACGGCAAUUUUUGGCUCCCCCCAUGCUAAAAUUUACUAGAAGUCUAUCUAUGCCAGAUACUUCAGAAGAUAUUCCCCCUCCACCACAGUCUUUACCUCCAUCACCACCACCUCCUUCUCCUUCUCUUUACAACUCUCCCAAAUCUCCGGUAUCUAGAAUGUAUGGCACAAUUAAGCCUGCAUUUAAUCAGAAUUCAGGUUCAAAGAUAGCUGUUUCAGGUAGGUCUGAAAAUAUGGGGACAGUAAUAAGAGACAAAGGCAUAUAUUACCGGAGAGAAAUGGACCGUUAUUCUCUAGAUUCUGAGGACUUAUAUAGCAGAAAUGCCGCAACUCAGGCCAGCUUCAGAAACAAGAGAGGUCAGAUGCCAGAGAAUCCAUACUCUGAAGUUGGAAAAAUAGCAAGCAAAGCAGUGUAUGUUCCAGCCAAGCCAGCCCGACGGAAGGGAAUGUUAGUGAAACAGUCUAAUGUUGAGGACAGCCCAGAAAAAACUUGCUCCAUCCCAAUUCCAACCAUCAUUGUUAAAGAGCCAUCUACCAGCAGCAGUGGGAAAAGCAGUCAAGGAAGCAGUAUGGAGAUUGACCCCCAGUCUUCAGAGCAACCAGGGCAGCUCCGACCUGAAGAUAGCUUGACGGUCAGUAGCCCGUUUGCAGCUGCCAUUGCUGGAGCAGUGAGGGAUAGGGAGAAAAGAUUAGAAGCCAGGCGCAAUUCUCCAGCUUUCCUUUCCACAGAUUUAGGAGAUGAGGAUAUUGGACUAACCCCUCCAACUCCACGUAUGAGACAGUCUAAGUUUAGUGAUGAGGGGCUAUUUGGUAACGAAGAUGGCUUCAGUCAGCUUGUAUCGCCAUCUCCUAUCCCAGCACCUAGAGAGACUGAAAAUAUUUUUAAUAGUAGUGAAUCAAAUAACCAAAAUGAUGCAAGGACACCAAACACUUCAGUUCAAACCACAGCGAGCUCUGAAAACAAUGCAUUGGCAGCCCAAAAUACUGGUAUGUCCGGUUUAGAUAAUUAUGUUCAUCCCCUGACAGGGAAAUUACUGGACCCAAAUUCCCCUUUAGCCCUUGCCCUUUCUGCCAGAGACAGAGCCAUGAAAGAGCAAACCCAACCAGUUCCAGGGAAAGGAGACUCUAGCAAAGCAGAUCUUAACAAACCCCUUUACAUUGAUACAAAGAUGAAAUCCCAUAUUGAAGCUCCAUUUCCAGCAACAGCUACUAUUGCUAGGCAAAAUACACGUGGUCCACUAAGGCGACAGGAGACGGAGAAUAAAUAUGAAACAGAUGCAGCAAAAGAAAGGCGGUCCGAAGAGAAAAAGAACAUGCUAAUAAAUAUUGUGGAUACCUCGCAACAAAAGUCAGCUGGUUUGCUCAUGGUUCAUACAGUGGACACAGCACAAUCCAGCGAUAACCCUGAAAAUGAAGAGAAAAGUGCUGAGGUGGAGGUGAAUAUUGAAAAGCCUCCACCAGAGAUGCCAGAAGAGACAGAAGCAGCAGAAAGUGGACUGGAUGACUCUAGCAUGCUUCCGCCACCGUCCCCUUCCCGCAAAACGAUUGUAGCUGUUAGCUCCGUCGACGAUCCGAUCAUUUUGCCAUUUCGGAUUCCUCCUCCCCCUUUAGCUUCUGUUGAUCUUGAUGAAGACUUUAUCUUUACUGAGCCAUUACCUCCUCCUUUAGAGUUUGCUAACAGUUUUGAUAUUCCUGAUGAGCACUCAGUCCCAGCCUCUGCCUCUGCCCUAACAGACUUGGUCAAACAGAGAAAAAAUGGAACUCUGCCUACUUCAUUUAACCCCAUUCAGCCCUCAAAUUCAUUAGACAGUAAGAAGUCAGGGGGUCUUUCAAACUGUUUGCCUCCCUCAUUUUUGCCACCUCCUGAAAAUUUUGAUAAUGUCACUGACUCUGGGAUUGAAGAGGUGGACAGUCGAAGUAGUAGUGACCAUCAACUAGAGACAACCAGCACUAUCUCAACUGUGUCCAGCAUCUCUACCUUGUCCUCUGAAGGUGGUGAGAACUUGGAUACUUGUACAGUCUAUGCAGAUGGGCAAACAUUUCUGGUGGACAAACCCCCAGUACCUCCUAAGCCAAAAAUGAAGCCCAUAAUCAACAAAAGCAAUGCACUUUACAAAGAUGCGCUCAUUGAAGAAACUGUGGAUAGUUUUGUUAUUCCUCCUCCAGCCCCGCCCCCUCCUCCAAUCAGCGCACAGCCCAGUAUGGCUAAAGUUGUACAGCAAAGGACCUCUAAGCUCUGGGGCGAUGUAACAGAAAUUAAAAGCCCAGUUCUCUCAGGCCCAAAGGCAAAUGUUAUUAGUGAAUUGAACUCAAUACUGCAGCAAAUGAACAGAGAAAAAUCCUCAAAGCCAGGAGAAGGAUUGGAGUCACCUCCAGGGACAAAAGUUGCUAGUCUUAGCACAAGGAGCACAGAAGUCAUGAGCACAGUCUCAGGUACUCGGAGUUCAACCAUCACUUUUACUGUUCGGCCUGGAACUAGCCAGCCCAUCACACUGCAGAGCAGAGUCCCAGACUAUGAUAGCAGGACAUCAGGAGCUAGACAUGCUCCAAGCCCAGUGGUUUCACCAACAGAGAUAAGUAAAGACAUCCUGCCAGCUCCUCUGACUGCUGCUGUUCCAGCUGCAUCUCCUUCUCCAACUCCUCCUGAUGUUUUUAGCCUACCCAGCCAGCCUCCUUCUGGAGACCUCUUUGCUUUGAAUACAGGGCGCAGCAGGUCUCCUUCUCCCUCAAUAUUGCAACAGCCAAUCUCAAAUAAGCCUUUUACAAGUAAACCCGUCCACCUGUGGACUAAACCAGAUGUGGCAGAUUGGUUGGAAAGUUUAAAUUUAGGUGAACAUAAAGAGACCUUUAUGGAUAAUGAAAUAGAUGGCACUCACUUACCAAACCUUCAGAAGGAAGACUUGAUAGACCUUGGAGUGACUAGGGUUGGUCACAGAAUGAACAUAGAAAGAGCCUUGAAACAGCUGUUGGACAGAUAAGAAUGGCUGGUCUUGCCUCACAAACCUUUGUUAUAAAUAGAGAUAGGCUGGUAUCAAAACACCCCAAAUGCCUUGGCUCCCCAAGAGUAGCACCAAAUUAAAAAGCAUCAGUUAGAUUGCAAAUUUAUGUCCAGAAUCUAUCUUAUGUCAAUCCACAUUAAUGGGACCAAAUAUUUAAAAAUGGAUGAGGCGAGUAAGAGAAAAUAAAGAAUGGAAAUAAUUGUGAACUUAAAAAAAAAUUGUAAGCUCUGACCAUAUUGAUAUUAUUUCAAAAGUUUAUAUUUUUAUUGCUGGGACACACACAAAUAUAAUUCCUUUUUUAACGUAUGGAUUGGUUUUCUGUUAGAAAUGCCCUUCUGUUUGAAAAAUAAUGUGUCAACAUCUUCUUGGUUUAAAACCCAUAGGUAUUUCUCCAUGUACUAUAACAGGUUGUGUCCAGCUCCUUUUGCAAUCUGCUUUCAUAUGACUAAUAUUUCAUAUGACUGUUAGAUUCAGUCCCAUUGCUGUGGUCAGACAACUUCUCCUUUCAGUUUUUCUAUAUGGAUUCCUGGUUAGUUCUGCCAUUUAAUUUUUAUGCUAACAUUCACAUUUUUCAUGAUAUAUUUACUGAUUUUUUUAAAAAAAACUUCUAUACAUUCAUAGCAUUGCCAGAGAUUUAAAAAAAAAUGUCAGAUGUUUUUGGCCUGAUUAUUAUGUUGAUUUCUUUGGAAAUGAAGUUAGUUCUUGUCAUUGAGUGUAAUUCUGACUUUUAAGUUUUUAUUUUUCCAUUUAUGUUUAGUGCCUUUCCAAAUUGCCAGAUAGUUUUUAGGCAUGCUUUCGUUUCAUUUAUAAUGCAGUAUGAUGUGUGAAAGCUAUGUAAGAGAUCUUAGCUGCCUAAAAUAAAAGUAAAAAUAUUUGUAAGAAAUUGGAAUUGAAGAUAUCUGUGCACAGUAAGAUGGUAGUUCAAGUAAGAUCUUUUCAAGGUUUCUUUGUGAUGGACUGGGAUGAUAGGUAAGUAUUUCAGGUUCGAAUUUUCAAAAUAGUAAGCCUUUGUCAAGCCUGUUUUAAUUUUCCUCUCAUACAGGAUUGAGUUGUUUGGACAAUAUUGCACAAGACCUUUUCUUUUAGGUAUCAAGAUUAGAUGUCUCCUCUCUUUACGAGGGCAUCAGUGAGGGUGGGUUUUGGGUGGGGCUUCCCAAAUUGAGUUAAGUUCCACUUUUUAAAGAACUUUGUUUUAUGUAAAGGCUACUUUUGCUGGAUCGAAGUGAUCACAUGUGAUAGUGGACCUUAUUACAGCUGUGAUCCCCGUAGUGUCGUAGAAAGAAUGGCGAAUUUCCCUUCUGCAAUUUUGUAUGUGGAUGCACAAAUCAAUGCACAAGCUGCAGUCAAAACUAACUGUACAGGGGUGGCUUUUCACCCUGAAGAAGUUUUUUGGAUCUGUGACCUGCUUACUCUUGCCUGCUUAAGGAAACCAACUCUUGAUGACUCUACGUGGCACAAGCCUGUUUACUUACGGAAGUGGAUUUAAAUCUUUACCAUAUUAGGAAGAUGUUGCCUGAUGUCUGUAAGAAAUAUGAAAUGAAAAUACUAAUAAAAGUACAUGUUACUGAGGUAGUUUCAUGAAAACAGUAGGUACCUAUUAUAUAUGCAAGGGACAAUUUUUCUAAAAAUGGAGAUCAAGAGUUUCAUCUUAAUAAUAAUCUUUUGCUUAAAAUUGAACUGCAGGAUUCUUCUGUGCUUCCUUCCCAUACAAAGUACUGUGUUUUAGGAGAAUCCCCUUAGUCCUAAAUCUUGCAAAUUAAAGAAAAGAGAAGGUUAAGACAAAAUUGUGUUCAAAACUGUUUAUGAAAUUUAGAGUGGAUUUUUAAAAGUCUAGUCUUUUGCCAGGCAUAUAUAUUUUCAGAUUUGGUGGCUUAUGUGAAAUUCAGAACAUUCUCUUUACAUUCUCUGUCCCACCAUAAAUAAUCCACAUUAGCAAUGUUGUGGUUUACAGUUUCAUGAAUAAUUUAGCCUGUAUAUGUGUAGUUGCUUAAUCAUCUAAUUGGAAGGCAUCUCAGUUCAUUUUUUAAUAAGUCCCAGCCUAUCUCUAAUUAUAAUUUUAUUUUCUCACAUUAGGGGUCUGCAACAGCCCUAGAAUUAGUACAUAAAGUUCAGCAAUUUCAAUAUCUUUCUUUACUGCAAGUUUAAAUAGUUGUACAGAUAGUUUAUAAGCACAAUAUUUUAAGAAUAUAAGUGGCUGGUCUACUGGGCAGCCUUUGUGCCACUUCAGUGCUAGAAAUUAAAAAAAAAAACUUUUGUGGUUUACUACUAUUUCUGUGGAAUAAGUAUUAAGUCUUGACCUUUUUAAAUCAAUAUCAUUUGGAUGCAUCUGAACCAGCAGAGCUGUGUUAUAUUUUCUAUCUUUGCUAAAACUUCUUCAGAUGAUGUGUCUCUUCACACCUGGUAACCAUUAACAAUACAGUGGAUAAUUAUAAAAAAUAGUUACCCCCCUCCUUCCGCUAUCAAAACUGGUCUUUUAAGUUAUUGUCUCUUAGACCCUUUUCAGAUUUCUAUCCACACUUGAAUACUCCAAAUGGAUUUGUAAUUAAAAUUAGGUUUCAGUGCAAAAGCAUUGAAACAUUGAUAUAAUGUUGUAUCUAGAGGACAACAUUCACAUAUUUGAUGCCAACACAAAAAAAAAUCAUCAAAUUUUCUUUUGAUGGGGCAGGGGAAGGGUGUAAAAAUAAGAUGAUUCUGUCAUCAUUGUCUUCCAUUUGGUGAUAAUGCAGAAUUCAGUAAAUAACCAUAAUGCCGUGCUCCUUUUUAUUUCUUUGAAUGCAGUUGGUGUUACCUCUAUAAUGUGCCAGAAAAUGCAUUAGGACAAGUGAUAGGAGGAAAAAAAUAGGGAAAAUUACUUUUAAGCUGCUGUUAAUCAUAACCUUUUACUGUUUAAUAUAUGGUGAUAUGUAAACAAAUUAUAGGUGAUGAUACUCCCUUUCUUAAAAGGGGUCUCUUGCCCAUGUAUCUUUUUCAGGCACUUAAAUAGUGAGUACAAUAUAAUUAUUAGAGAAGAUUUUAAGCAUCAAAGAGCUAAUGAAAUAAUUUAUUUUUACAUAAUGUCUUAUGAUCUAGAGAGUAAUAGGGCCUGCAGGGAGCCGCUUUACAUCAAGAGAAACACCUUUGGCAAGCUGGAAUAGUCUUUAGCACUGUUUGAUGGCUUUAUAAUAGAAAGCAAUAGUAAAAGAUACAGAAUUGUCUCCUAGCAUUUUGGUCAAUGUCGAAAAUGUCAGGAGUAGAUUGGCCCUUUUAAUGUUAUGCUACUUUGAUGGUGCAAAAUACAGUGAUAAAAAUAAUCUUGUUAUGAUAUUCCAGGUUUUAGGAACAACUUUUGUUUAUAUACUGUAAUUUAAUAAAUUGCAUUUACAUGCUUAGUUUCUGUAAUAUUUGUGUAUACAAUACCAAAACCACACAAGAUGUAAAUUGUGUAUAACUACACAGACUCCCUAGGUGUCUAGUUUUGAUUCAUAUAUUAUAAAAUGACUAUAUGUGACUGUUGAUUUACAGAAUUUACAUAUCACAGAAGCUAGCUCUUUGUGGUACUUAAGUUAAUAAAAGUGAUUUUUCUGGGUUCCUUUACAAUAAGCAUUAUCCAGUUGAUCUGGCAAUGACUCUGUGUAUGAGCCUCUAAUAACGAUAAUUUUCUCAUUACAUCUUUUUUUUUCUUUUCUAGAGAGUAAUGUUUUUGGUAUGGUUUGUGUAACAACUAUGUUCACGUUAUCUAUGUUGCUGUAAUUUUUGUGCUUUAAUUCCUCUAAUUUCCAACUGAUUAAAACAAAAUCAAGCUCCUGUAACUUGCACUUUCCCUAAUCCUUACUACUCUUGUAUGGCAACCAAAAUUACUGUAAGAAAUAAAUAUCAUAUUGCA